AUGCCCCACUGUGUAUUCUGUGGGAAGGUAACAACUACACACGAGGGUCUCAAGAGACACGUUGCAGGACGUCCUGAAUGUCGACGGCAGUGGGCAUCAAUGAUCGAAGAUGUAGAGGCAGAGAACUUAGACGAUGCACCAGAUGUUGACUUCCCCCAUCAAGAUGCAGCACCGGCGGGUCAUGUACACCCGCGCCCGUCUCCAGAUACCGACAAUAACCCAGCGCUCCGCAAAACUCGACGGACUACAGUUGAGGAAGUCGAGGAUGAGGAUGGGAUGUUGUUCCCCAAUAAUGGGCGAUAUUUCGAACCUCAGUCGGAUGCUGGCUGGGCACUGCGUGAGGGGGAGACAAAUUUUGAAAGAUAUAGAACGUACCAAGAGGAAGAGGGUGAGGAUCCAUGGUCGCCUUUCGAGGAUGCGGAAGAAUGGGAUCUGGCCCAGUGGCUCGUCAAGAACCUCGGUCAGACGCGAACCAACGAAUUCCUAAAACUGCCCAUUACACAAAACCGCACGAAACUUUUGUUUCAUAACAACUGCUCAUUCUUGCAGUGCGUGGACGAACUUCCACACGGGCCAGGAUGGAGUUGUAAGAAGGUGACUGUGCGUGGUAACUGCGAGGAUGAGAACGGCGAGAUGUUGCAAGAGGAGGUUGAGUUGUGGUGCCGCAAUCCUGUAGAGUGCGUGAAAGAGCUCAUUGGCAACCCUGCCUUCAAAGAAGAUAUGGCCUACUCACCUGCCAAAGCAUAUGCAGACCGUGCAGGGCAAGAUAGGGUGAUCGACGAGAUGUGGACAGCAGACUGGUGGGGCGAUAAACAGAAAGCCUUGCCAGAAGGUGCCACGAUAGCACCAAUCAUUCUAUCUUCAGACAAAAUGUCCUUGUCGCAGUUCCGAGGAGAUAAAUCGGCAUGGCCGGUGUAUAUGUCCAUUGGAAACAUCGCUAAAGCAAAACGGUGCCAAGCAUCAGCACGAGCGACAGUCCUGAUUGGUUACUUACCAGCAGGCAAACUGGACUGUUUCACCCCCGAUGCAUGCUCCUUGGCUGGAUACAGGCUGUUCCACCAUUGCAUGGCUCUACUGCUUGAACCUCUCAUUGGUGCUGGAAACGACGGUGUUGAAAUGGUGUGUGCGGACUCAUGGGUUCAUUGUGUCUACCCAAUUCUUGCAGCAUACGUUGCCGAUUUCCCGGAACAGUGCUUGUGCCUUGUAGCAGCAAAUGAGCGAGGGGAUGCACUCAACUCGGCAAUGCAUGAUCCAGAGUCAACAAAAGAUAUUUUGCACAGGCGCAAGAUUGGUCAGCAUCCUCCGGAAUUCGAGGCCAAUGGUUUACCGUUCACCCCCGACCUUUUGCAUCAACUUCACAAGGGUGUGUUCAAAGACCACCUUGUGAAGUGGUGCAUCGAUAUCAUUGGGGAGGAUGAAAUGGACUCACGUUUCAAGGCGAUCCCGAAUUAUCCCGGCCUUCGACACUUCAAGAAAGGGAUAUCGAGUGUGAAGCAGUGGACGGGACGUGAACACAAAGAGAUGCAGCGAGUAUUUGUUGGCUUAUUGAGCAGAGCAGUACCUAGUCGUGUUUUGGUAGUUGCACGAUCUAUUCUCGACUUCUCGUAUUUUGCCCAGCUUCAAGUUCAGACGACUGAGUCCCUCGAAGCCCUACAAACCGCCCUGACUGUAUUUCACACUAACAAAGACAUCCUCAAGGAGCUCACUGUUCGAGAGCAUUUCAACAUUCCGAAACUACACCAGCUCUCUCAUUACGUCCAGUCGAUCACGUUGUUUGGCGCAGCUGACGGCUUUAAUACUGAACUUCCAGAGCGCUUACACAUUGAUUUCGCAAAAGAUUCAUACCGUGCUAGCAACAAACAGGACUAUGAAGAACAAAUGGCUUUGUGGCUCCAAUGCCAAGAAGCCGUAUUUUUACAUAGCGCAUACCUGGAUUGGUUGUCCCAACAGCCUCGCUCCAAGUCACCUGCGGGUCUCACCGGAUGUCAUUCAAACCCAUACAACUUCGAUGCAGAUUCGGACACGGACUCAGAGUCGGAAACACCAAAUCUUCCCGCCACUGAACCACUUCAAGCAACACAUGUCCUUGCGAAAGCCCCCGCACAUCCUCACCAAUCCGUUGGAACCAUCAUAACAGCACACGGUGCUACCGAGUUCCUCCCUGCUCUCCGAUCCUUCUUGCUCAAGAAUCUCCCGUGCAACACCAUAGUCCCUGGACUUCAAGACCGAUUCGAUCUUUAUCGUCAAGUGGUGAUCGUGACGCCACCUGAUUUACGAGUUAGCGACAUGCCACAGCGAAGGCAGAUCAGGGCAACACCAGAAAUGUUGCUGUCAGGCCGGAAGCCUGGUAUCCCAGCCCGGUUUGACAUGGCCUUGAUAGCAGAUAGGCCUCGCUCUUCUAACUUCCAUACUCUUGAAGGUAUUUUUUUUCCGGGUUUCUCAGCGGUCAAUUUUGAUAAUCGUCUUGUUGCAGGUGUACGUGUAGCCCAAGUUCGCGCUAUUUUCACCCUACCUCGCCAGUUUGGCGCAUAUUCCAGAGCCCUCGCCUACGUCGAGUGGUUCACUCCUUUCAAACCACCAGACCCUGUUUCUCGAAUGCGACAGGUCUCGCGCUCAACACGACAACUUCACCGCAACGCCGCUGUAAUCCACGUUGACGAAAUCGUGCGGCCAUGCCACCUUAUACCGAAGAUGGGACCAACAGUAGAUCUGAGGUUGAGAAGCGGAAAUGCAUACGAGGUGGCAAACGAUUUUUAUUUCAACGAGUUCAUCGAUGGCGAAAUGUUUUGCACAUGUGUUAUAAGUAAUUAG